GGCAUUUGCUCCAUUUCGAUCUGCGACCUUCCCCACGGCGGACUACCAGUACUGCAAGGGGUGAUGUCGGGCAGAGGUCGUGCGCAGAUGAAUACUGCUGUUCAAGGUGACCUGUCUAAUGGGCGAUGUGUCAUGAAUGUUGACAGUGAGCGAGAUACUACUGAGCCUACUACUGAAAUUGGAACCACCCGGAAGAGGGCCAAAUGGAGCCAUGAGAUGAAAUUGUUUCUUAUUGGGCUUCUCAAAGAUCAUGAUGUGCCAGGUUUUAGAACACAUAAUGCUUGGAGUAAGGAAGCAUGGACAAAUAUUGUUUGUCGCCUGAAUGCAAAAUUUGGUUGUUCAUUUACUCUCAACCAAGUCAAACAGAAGGAGCAGGACUUAAAGAAGGACUAUCGUGUUGUGAAAGAAUUACAAGAAGAAAGUGGUUUUGGAUGGGACAAUGAAAGGAAUAUGGUGACAGCACCUCCAAAUGUUUGGGCCAGUUUUGCUGCUCGUAAGAACAAUACUGAUGCCCUCACAUGGCAAGAUAAAUCAUUCCCAUAUUUUGAUGAUUUAUUUUCACUCUAUGAUGGUCGUUACGCAGAAGGGAGAACUCGUCAUGGUAUGGAUCAUUAUGCGAACAAGGCAAAGAAUGCACCAGCUCCUUCAACUCAACAAGCACCAGCAACUGAUACAUAUCAGUCACCAUCUCCUACUUGGGCUACUCAAUGUGACUCUGGUUUGCAGUUUCAUUUUGAUGAAGAGGCUGAUGUGAUUCCUAUGCAGCACAUGAAAACUCCUCCUAGUUCAACACCAACACCUAUAGAAGCAGAAUCUCGACGUGGAAAGAAACAAAAGACUAAAACUGGUAGCCCCGAAGAAGGAUUUUAUGAGAGGUAUCUAAAGCUGAAAAGGGAAGAAAUUGAUAGAUUUGCUGCUAUCGAGGAAAAGAAAUUGGAGGAUCCUUACAGCAUCAACAAGUGUAUCAUAGUGCUUGAAGGCUUAAAUGACCUACAUAUGGGGGACAUAUUAUUGGCUUCUGAUAUAUUCCAAAACAAGAAUAACAGGGAAGUUUUCUUAUCAUUUCAAGGUGAUGCACUUAGAUUGGCUUGGGUUAAAAGGGAGAUUGGGCGUUUGCAGGCUGAGCAAAACUGCUGA